GUGUUUGUCGACUGUGUCUGAUACUGAAUUAAGCUCUGAAUACUGAUUUCAGGCGUGGCCGUUGGCGCGUCUUCUUCUGCUUUUGCCGUUGUUGUCGCCCUCCACACCGCCACACAACUGCCCUUCUGCUGGUCUCGCCUCCCCUCUCACCUCUCCUCUCCUUCCUCCCCUUCCUCCCCUUCCUCUCCUUCCUCUCCUUCCUCUCACGUCCAUUGGUGUCCUCACCUGCGCCAUGAACCCAAUGACGACGCAUCAGCCCACGGGCGGUGCUCCAGCCACCUCCAGAGUAACGGCAACGGCAACGGCAGCAGCAACCGCGCCGCCACCAGGCAACAACACCACCACACCAGCGCCUGCAGGGAUGGUGCCGGGCCACCCGGCACCUGUUGACGCUGUUCCAGUGCCCAACAGCGCCAUGAUGGGCCACCCAACGCCUGCAUCCACGGUUGCAGCCCUGAGCUUGCCCGUACCCGUGGGGUAUGCGCCGGCAACAGCGCCCCCUCCGCAUUCUGCAGGCGCACAACACGAUGGCAUGCGCAUCCUUGCAUCACAAGUGCCCACCACCACCAUGGAUGCACAACAGCAGCAGCAACAGCAUCAACAGCAACGUAUGCAACAGCAGCAGCAGCAACAGCAGCAGCAUCAACAGCAACGUAUGCAACAGCAGCAGCAGCAUCAGCAUCAACAGCAACGUAUGCAACAGCAGCAACAGCAACACUCACACGCAACACGCGCCAGCCCUGCUGCCAUGGGCGUGCAAGUGUCAGCAGUGCCCACGCAACCGAUGCCAGACCUGACCGUGGAAGUGGGCCCACCUCUGCAUGAUGACAUGCUUGAGCGUGCAGAGGGCCCACUGCCACCAGAUGAGACGGGCCCCUUUUCCAUCCAGUUUGACUACAACAACGUGCAGCCGGAGAUCCACCCAACUGUGAAGAACCCGGCGCCCGCGCUUGGCGAGCGCCAGCCUGCGCUGGUUGGCGUGGCCGACAGCGCGUUCCUAAGCAUGGCACGCCUGUUUGAGCUCAUGCUGCCUUCCCAGUGGAUGCAGGACGUGCUGCUGCCGCUGUCCAACAAGCGCAACCCGUCCCUCAACCUGCACAUGGGCGAGCUGCUGCAGUUUGUGGGCCUGUGGCUGACCAUUGCAUCCCACCCCGGCCGCGACCUCCACGAGUUCUGGGCGCCCGCCCGCGCCAGCAACGCCCGAGACGGGGAUGCCGGCGGCUUCUUGGCCGUGCCGUCGCUCGCGCACCUCAUGACCGAGGCCCGCUUCCGUCAGAUCAUGGACAGCCUGACGCUCGCCAGCGACAGCGACCUGCAGCGGGACCGUAUGAGUGGCGUGCGCAACAUGAUGAUGGCAUUCAACGCCAACAUGGCGGCGCACUUUGCGCCCUCGUCCAUCAGCGACGUGGACACGGCACGCUCGCUGUGGGUGUACCCGACCCACGCCACGUGGCCGUGCUCUGCGCCCGGGUACCGCAGCCCGCACCGCUUUGGCAACACGUACCACGCGCUGGGCUGCACGCUCACCCGCAUCGUGUAUGCGCUUGAGCUUGAGGAGGCCAUCCCACGACCACCAACAACGCCGCCGCCGGCAUUCAGCGACGCCGGGAAGGUGGCCGGGCUGCUGCUGCGGCUGACACGCAGCAUCUGGCGCACCAACAAGAUGGUGGUCGUCGGCAGCGACAUGGCGACGGUGCAGGCGAUUGCAGCCCUGGCAGAGGUGGGUGUGCACGGGACGUGUGCGGUGACGAAACGGGGCGGGUCGUGGCCGCAGCACCUUGCCGCUGCUGCCGAUGCCCUAACGCGUGUGCUCUCCAGCCAGCCCACGGGCGCAGCUGUUGCUGUCCACGGCACCGCCGCCCGCACACACGCCAGCGCCACGAGUGAUGCUGGUGCGACCUCGUCGUCAGCAGCAGCAGCAUCAUCAUCAGCAGCAACAGUGAUAGCAGCGCGUGGUGGCGAGAAGAUGGGCAUGAGCAUUCCGCUGAUGGUGGCGGGCUUCAACGAGCCAACGCACGUGAGCAUUGCCCUGUCCACAUGGAUCUCGCUCGCUCGCACUGGCACCUACCACACGCGCACCGCACCGCCCACUUCCACCCCGACGCAGCAGCAGCAGCAGCAGCAGCAGCAGCCGUUGCUGGGAACACCGGGAGGAACAACAGCGAGUUCAUCAUCAACAACACCACCGCCAACAUCCUCAUCGUCAGCAGCCGCACCGCCAUCGUCAGCAACAGGAGCGACGCCGUCCGGGUCUGCAGCUACAACGACUGGCGCCGUGGGCGAUGCCUCCACCGCAGGGAGCACUGUGACCCUUAAGUUUCCCGAAGCCUUUGACACCAUCCAGGCUGCGCGGUUCAUUGUGGACCGCAACAGCGCACUGCGCGCGCACGUGAUGCCGCUAGAGACAGCGCUGCCUUUCAAGUCGUGGGACCUGGGCCAGUUUGCCUUCAUGCUGGGCGUUGUGGAGGUGAACACGUUCCUUGCGUUCAACCAUUUCAAACGCGGCUCCAGGGAGCUUGGUCCUCUCUCCCGCACGCAUUUCCGCGGAGAAUUGAUCCGCCAACUUGUGCACAACCACCUCCUCCACGAAGACCUCCCAGCCGUCGGUGGCAGUGGCAGCGCAUUCCAUGCCGCUGGUCGACGUGGUAAGCGCACCGCGGCUGCCACUGCUGCUGCCACUGCUGCGAGCGGCAUUGGUGGUAACGUUGCUGCUUCCUCGAUGCCUGCAGGCACGGGUGCCGUGGACACGUCGCCAACGGCGCCCGGUGGUGGUGAUGUUGGUGGACUGGACAGCAACGGGGGCCCUGCCAGGAAGCGAGCGGCCACAGGUGCUGUCAAGGCGCCACCGCCCGCAUCCAUGCUGGUUGGUGGCGACCACCGCUUGCUCACCGCGCCGACAUACUCGGGCAAGUUUGUGCUGGGCCAGUGGACAAAGGUGGCCACCAAGUACAACCAGCACAAGUGCACGGGGAUUGGCUGCACGCGGAAGAUCCGCACGUACUGCUCGUGUGACCCGACGUCGUUCCUGUGUGCGCGCUGCUUUGUGGUCCACUUCUCCCAGUCCCGGGCGCUGAGCCAGCAGAGGCUGCAGUCGGACACAGACGUGCCACAGCGCCACCACGAACACCACGAACAGCACGAACAACAACAUCAAGGGCAACAACCCCAACAGCAGCAUGAACAACAUGAACAACAUGAGCAGCAGCAGCAGCAGCAGCAGCAGGGUGAGCAGGAGAUUGUUUUGCCGCCAACACAGACGGACGAGGCGAUGCUUGCUGGGGCAACACAGCAGAGGGAGCAGCACACCAACAGUGGUGGUGGCGACAACAGCGACCAGCAACAGCAACGGCACCACGAACAGCACCAAGAAAGGGAAGCAGAGCAACAACAGCAACACCAACAACAGCAACUGGAGGAUGAAGGUGGUAGCAAGCUGGCCGGGUCUGCAGCCACAGGCAACGGUGCUGGUGGCAAGCAGAGCGAUAAGAAGCAGCAGGCGCAAAGUUGAGGCGUGGGGGUGUGGUGCCAGCACUGAUCACGGCAGCAACUGGGCGUGAUUGCUGCUGCAGUAGUGGUUUGGUUGCAUGAAGCCGAACACUGGUGUGGACUUGAGCUGUUUGUUUGUUUGCUUGUUGUUCUUGUUGUUCUUGUUGUUCUUGUUCUUGUUUUUGUUGAUGUUGUUGGUGCUGAUCGUUCUUGUUCCUGUUUGAUCUCCCUGUUCCUUGCUGUUGCUAAGCAGUGGCAAAGUGUCACUCCAGCCAUCCUUCCUUUGUUUCGAUGAGCGGAGUGUGUGUAUGCCCUUGUGCUGUAUCUUAGACAACGUGACCACGUACAAGUUUGUGUGAUAGCUGAUGAGAUGGUGGUGGUGGUGGUGGUGGCACUUUGUUCAUUUUCGUGCAUGAGAGGGGUGUGUUCAUUCCCAUGGUGGUGUGAUAUGAUGGUUUGCUGUCAUCUGUGCGAUGUUGUGUUGCGAAGUGAGGUGUGGAUUUGACAUGUGAUGCAGUGCUGUGACAUGAUGUGUGACAUCAGUUUUCCCCAGUUGCUCUUUUGGUUCGUUUGAUUGCGAGUACACACACAGUCGUUUGC